UCUAACUUUGUUUCAUCUUACCACCGACAAUACAGCAGAACGAUAAGCACUGAUAUUUACCAUGGCGGAUGCGAUUUUGAAAGACGUCCAUGCUAGUAGGCUGUUUGACUUGCAAGGGCUGGUUGCAGUCGUCACUGGCGGUGCCUCAGGCAUUGGGGCUAUGAUAACGCACACCUUGCUGUCUAACGGCGCAACUGUGUUCAUCAUUGAUAGAGAUCAAGAUGCUCUAGACAACAUCAUCAAGAGUUUCAGUGAGACAAGCCGUCUGCAGGGUAUAGUGGGCGAUGUGGGCAAGAAGUCUGAGGCCAAGCGACUAGCCGAAGAGGUUGCAAAGCAAGUUCCCCACGUUACCGUCCUAUUCAAUAAUGCAGGGAUCGGGCAAGGUACAGUACCAGGCAGACCCGAAGAAGGAAGUGCAGCAUCUUUCGUUUCAACUUUCUUCGAUGGCGUUUCUGAGGAAGCGUUUGAUAAUACCAUGCGCGUAAACGCGUAUGGUCCGUACUGGUUAUCCUUCGCGUUUCUACCUCUCCUCGAGAAGUGGAAGGAAAACGGAUACGGCACCGAAGGUCAUCGAUUCCCUCCUCAGAUCAUCAACACGAGCAGUAUUAAUGGCUGGACUAAGGACAGCGAUACAGCUGGCUGGUCGUACCCGUACAUGUUCUCCAAAGCGGCAAUUGGACACGCAACAGCUAUCUUGGCGCGCGAACUGCUUCCCCUGGGUAUCAGAGUCAAUAGCAUUGCUCCCGGUCUCUUUACCAGUGGACUGACCGCACCUGGUACUCGAGAUGCUUACGGUCAAGAGCAUUGGACAGAUCGUUCUCUUGAACUCCCAAUUAAGGUACCCACUCCUCCGUUGCCAGUAGAACUGGGUGGUCCGCGCAACGUCGGAGGAUCCAAUCGGGAUAUCGCCUCCGCUGUACUUUUUUACCUUAGCAAUUGGUAUGUGAAUGGCGAGACUGUUCUGAUUGACGGAGGCAGCCACCUUGUUCACGCCACGGCAUAUUAGAAGCACGGAAGAAAUAGGUGAUCUACCAUGCUACGUUCUGCACCGUAUACUUACUUCAUCGACGAGCGUGCGAACUACAAAUCUUGUUGGGUUGGUAAAUACACAAGACACAUACGGUGGCAUGAUGUGUCUCGACGGUGUCAAGACAACAUUGAGAGCUCCGUGGUGCUGUAGCAUCGGACCUCAAUUGCCUUGAACCAAGAGGGGAAGUCCGGCCGCUUUCAGCCUAGCAUUGACCUGAUCGACGUGCUUCAUGAAAGUCGGCUCAAGGCCCUUCCACAAAGCGACAUCAUGUUCUGCGAAAGUUGUGCAAUAAGCAACAUGACACAUCAUCUCGAUUGGAGGUACUUGCCUUUGAACUUGGGCGACUUGCGAGCGAACUCUGUGAAAAGCAAGGGCGAACUGGGUUCGAUGAUGAAGCCUGUAGUGGGGUUAGAAUACUGUAGGCAACGCCAAUAGCAACUUCUAGAACGAAUCGAAGACACCAUCGUAGUUCGCUGAAGAUAAUGCACUGUCAGCUAAUUGAAGGUCUGUAUACGCGUAGGACACUUACGACCAUGAGGGGCGAAAACCGUUUGGUAAUUGACGAUACCAGACUCAAAAGCAGGCCGGAAAGUUCCCGAUGAAGGAACGGUGACAAAGGUAAUGAGUUCGCAUGCACUGUUGCGGUGGAAGUACUGUUGUUCCCUAGUCUAGCAAGGUUAUGUGAUGGAGCAGUUUAGGAAACGCACAGGGGGUCCAUAACCAUCCAUCACAUCCCAGUGUGGGCCUAUGACACAGAUAUCCACCAAAGGCGUUCCCGGUACCUUAGACCUCGCAGUCAACAGAGCCAAUGAUGAGGGAUCAGCGUGAUCUUUGUUCGUAUUGCGGACUAUGUUGAACUUCUCUAGAGCGUAUUUGUACGGCACGUAACUGUAGGAAUAUCCUAUCAGCAGACUGCUCACCAG